AUGCUGCUCGAUCAUCGCAAGCGACAAAACGAAUCCGCCGACGAGGAGCAGGAGUUCUCGGAGGUCUUUAUGAAGACGUACGCCUAUACGGAUAGUUUUCGGAAGUUUAAGAACAAGGAGACUAUCAUGUCUGUGCGAAGCUUGCUGAUGCAGAAGAAGCUGCACAAAUUCGAGCUGGCUGCCCUGGGUAAUCUGUGCCCGGAGGCGCCCGAGGAAGCCAAGGCGCUGAUUCCCUCGCUGGAGGGUCGUUUCGAGGACGAGGAGCUGCGCCAAAUACUUGACGAUAUCGGCACUAAACGCAGCUUGCAAUACUAA